AUGCUUCGAUGGUACCAGGCCCGCCUCGCGGCGCGGCCCCUGCUAACGCAAGCCUUGACGACCUCGUUCCUCUUCGCGGUGGGCGACAUCACAGCGCAGCAAUUAGUCGACAAGAAGGGCAACGAGAAGCACGACCUCGCUCGCACGGGUCGCAUGGCCCUCUACGGCGGCGUCGUCUUCGGCCCCGCGGCAGCGACCUGGUUCAAGUUCCUCUCGCGGCACGUCAACCUGCGCUCGCCCAACGCCACCAUUCUCGCGCGCGUGGCCUGCGAUCAGGGAGUAUUUGCGCCAACCUUCAUCGGCGUAUUCCUCUGCAGCAUGGCGGUGCUGGAGGGGGGCUCGCCCAAGGAAAAGUUACAAAAGAGCUACUGGGAGGCGCUCACCACCAACUGGAUGAUCUGGCCGUUUGUGCAGAUGGUCAACUUCAAGCUUGUCCCGCUGCAGCACCGGCUGCUGUUCGUGAACGUCAUCAGCAUCGGGUGGAACUGCUAUCUGAGUUUCUUGAACAGUUCGUGA